UUAAAAUAGUGGCUGAUUUGACUCGGAAAUUUCGAAAUUCCGGUCAUCACAGGACGGAUUGGUCGGACUGUCAUGGCCUUUUCCUGUUCACGCUUGUUCCGACGAAGACGUGAGCUUACGUUAUAGGGUAAAUCAUGGCGGAAGAAACAUUUGACGAUGUGGUGAUGAGCAACAUGGACACAGCGCCAGCCGCGCUGUCUGCCGAGCUACCGGAGAUUAAAUUGUUCGGACGUUGGAACUGCGAGGAUGUGCAAGUCGGGGACAUGUCCCUCCAGGAUUACAUCGCUGUCAAAGAGAAAAAUGCCAAGUAUUUGCCUCAUUCAGCCGGACGUUCCGCUGCUAAACGUUUCCGUAAAGCCCAAUGUCCCAUUGUUGAGCGUCUUACCAAUUCGCUCAUGAUGCACGGACGUAACAAUGGCAAAAAACUCAUGGCUGUCAGGAUCGUCAAACACGCUUUUGAAAUCAUUCAUUUGCUUACUGGCGAAAAUCCUCUACAGAUUUUGGUGACAGCGAUCAUUAACUCUGGUCCCCGUGAAGAUUCGACGCGUAUCGGACGUGCUGGUACCGUUCGUCGUCAAGCGGUCGACGUGUCGCCGCUCCGUCGUGUAAACCAAGCAAUUUGGUUAUUGUGCACGGGUGCGCGCGAAGCCGCCUUCCGCAAUAUCAAAACAAUCGCCGAGUGUGUUGCGGACGAGCUCAUCAAUGCCGCCAAAGGUUCAUCGAACUCUUACGCGAUCAAAAAGAAGGAUGAACUUGAGCGUGUCGCUAAAUCCAACCGAUAAACAUUUCUCGUCUUCGCAUUAAUAAACAAAACAACAAAAACAUUA